GCGCCCCAUGGUAUCGUCCUGAAGACCCAUCGAUUACUCUACGCUCCCACUCGGCCUCUAUCGACUCGCUCCGGCUCCCCUCGCUAUCCUUGGUCAAGGCAGAGUGCGGAGCGCGUGUAAGAUGCUCUGACCUUUGACCCCUUCAGAUCAGUUCUCCUGCCCUGGUCGAGAUUCAUUUUUCCCAGCAGCCACGCCAUGAACACCACCCCAGGAACAGUGGGUAGUGACCCCGUCAUCUUAGCCACUGCGGGCUAUGACCACACUGUGCGGUUCUGGCAGGCCCACAGCGGGAUCUGCACACGCACCGUGCAGCAUCAGGAUUCCCAGGUGAAUGCACUCGAAAUCACUCCAGACCGAAGCAUGAUUGCUGCUGCAGGUUAUCAGCACAUCCGCAUGUAUGAUCUCAACUCCAAUAACCCCAACCCCAUCAUCAGCUAUGAUGGAGUCAAUAAGAACAUCGCAUCUGUGGGCUUCCAUGAAGAUGGCCGUUGGAUGUACACAGGCGGGGAGGACUGCACAGCCCGAAUCUGGGACCUCAGGUCCCGAAAUCUGCAGUGUCAGCGGAUCUUCCAGGUGAAUGCACCCAUUAAUUGCGUGUGCCUGCACCCCAACCAGGCAGAGCUCAUCGUGGGUGACCAGAGCGGUGCUAUCCACAUCUGGGAUCUGAAAACAGACCACAAUGAGCAGCUGAUCCCAGAGCCAGAGGUCUCCAUCACGUCUGCCCAUAUUGACCCUGAUGCCAGCUACAUGGCGGCAGUCAAUAGCACUGGAAACUGCUAUGUCUGGAAUCUGACUGGGGGUAUUGGUGACGAGGUGACCCAGCUCAUCCCCAAGACCAAGAUCCCAGCCCAUACCCGCUACGCUCUGCAGUGUCGUUUCAGCCCUGACUCUACGCUCCUUGCCACCUGCUCAGCUGACCAGACAUGUAAGAUUUGGAGGACAUCCAACUUUUCCCUGAUGACAGAGCUGAGCAUCAAGAGCAGUAACCCUGGAGAGUCAUCGCGUGGCUGGAUGUGGGGCUGUGCCUUCUCAGGGGACUCCCAGUACAUUGUCACAGCUUCAUCUGACAAUUUGGCCCGCCUUUGGUGUGUGGAGACUGGCGAGAUCAAGAGAGAGUAUGGUGGCCACCAGAAAGCUGUUGUUUGCUUGGCCUUCAAUGACAGUGUGCUAGGCUAGCCUAUACCCUUGGGACCGCAGGCAGCUAUCAGGCAAUGGGGACAGCCUGUGCAGUGCCUCCAGCCAGAUGUACCUAUAUCACCUGGUCAGAGCAAAACCUCUGGGCUAGCCUCUGCCUACCAGGUUCACUGGACCUAAGCAGGCUACCCCAGCAUCUCUCAGCCAGCCUAGACCUGCUAUCUUCUCUAGAACUCCCUCAGUGCCCAUUUGCUCAUUAGGAGCCCACCAAGUCAGGGUAUACAUGCCUGGGCUGAGAGAGCCUGCAUUCCUUUCAGAGAGAUUGAGCCCAUGGGCCUGGAACCUGACCAAGGCUGGUGCCUACCUCUACAUCAUGCUUCCCCUUCCUGGCCCCAUCAGAUCCCGAGGCUCAGAGAACACCACCGCGGCCAGGUGCAAGGGUUUAUUAGUCCCUGCCAGCAGCUGCCCUCCAUGGUGCUGGUGACCAGGCAGCUGCUGGCCUUUAGGGACAAGGUCCAGACUGGGUCAGGCAGGGGACUUAGUCUGGAAGGUAAUAAAAGCAGAUGGACAUGCA